GCGGCGGCAGCGGGGGCGUCCGGGGUGUCCGAGUGGCUGGUGCUGAGGGACGGCUGCAUGCGCUGCGACGCCGAGGGGCUGCACAGCCUCUCCUACCACCCGGCGCUCAACGCCAUCCUGGCCGUCACCAGCCGCGGGACCAUCAAAGUCAUCGACGGCACCUCCGGGGCCACCCUACAGGCCUCGGCGCUCAGCGCAAAACCGGGUGGACAGGUGAAAUGUCAGUACAUUUCUGCUGUGGAUAAAGUUAUAUUUGUGGAUGAUUAUGCAGUAGGGUGUAGGAAAGACCUUAAUGGAAUCUUGUUGUUAGACACUGCUCUGCAAACUCCAGUUUCAAAGCAAGAUGAUGUGGUUCAGCUUGAGUUGCCAGUUACAGAGGCUCAACAACUCUUAUCAGCAUGUUUAGAAAAGGUAGAUAUUUCUAGUACAGAAGGUUAUGAUUUGUUCAUAACACAGCUAAAAGAUGGUUUAAAAAAUACAUCUCACGAGACUGCAGCAAAUCACAAAGUUGCUAAGUGGGCCACAGUUACAUUUCAUCUUCCGCAUCAUGUGUUGAAGUCCAUUGCCAGUGCCAUUGUAAAUGAACUCAAGAAAAUAAAUCAAAAUGUUGCUGCCUUACCUGUGGCAUCCUCAGUGAUGGACAGAUUGUCUUACCUCUUACCUAGUGCACGUCCAGAACUUGGAGUGGGGCCAGGCCGUUCUGUAGACAGAUCUUUGAUGUAUAGUGAAGCUAACAGACGGGAGACAUUUACCUCAUGGCCACAUGUAGGCUAUAGGUGGGCACAACCAGAUCCCAUGGCUCAAGCUGGAUUUUAUCAUCAGCCUGCCUCAUCUGGAGAUGAUAGAGCCAUGUGUUUUACCUGUAGUGUAUGUCUCGUUUGUUGGGAACCUACUGAUGAACCUUGGUCUGAACAUGAGAGACAUUCCCCAAACUGUCCGUUUGUGAAAGGUGAGCACACACAGAACGUACCACUGUCAGUCACUCUUGCAACAAGUCCUGCACAGUUUCCGUGUACAGAUGGAACUGACAGGAUAUCCUGCUUUGGAUCUGGGAGUUGUCCUCAUUUUCUAGCUGCUGCAACUAAACGAGGAAAGAUCUGCAUCUGGGAUGUUUCCAAACUUAUGAAGGUCCACUUAAAGUUUGAAAUCAAUGCUUAUGAUCCAGCAAUUGUACAACAGCUUAUUCUAUCAGGAGAACCAAGCUCAGGAGUUGAUUCAAGGAGACCAACUUUGGCAUGGCUGGAAGAUUCCUCUAGUUGCUCAGAUAUUCCAAAACUGGAAGGAGAUAGUGAUGAUUUGCUGGAGGAUUCAGACAGUGAGGAGCAUUCCAGAUCAGAUUCUGUGACAGGGCAUACAUCACAGAAGGAAGCCAUGGAAAUAAGCCUUGAUAUAACAGCACUCAGCAUUCUCCAGCAGCCUGAAAAACUUCAAUGGGAGAUUGUGGCAAAUGUGCUUGAAGAUACUGUUAAGGAUCUUGAAGAACUUGGGGCAAAUCCUUGCUUAACAAGCUGUAAGAGUGAAAAGACAAAGGAAAAGCACCAAGAACAACACAACAUUCCCUUUCCAUGUUUGUUAGCUGGAGGUUUAUUAACAUAUAAAUCUCCUGCUACUUCGCCUGUUAGUAGUAAUUCUCACAGGUCACUAGAUGGUCUAAGCAGAACUCAGGGUGAAAGUAUAUCAGAACAAGGGUCAACUGACAAUGAGUCUUGCCCUAAUUCAGAACUAAAUUCUCCUCUGGUAAGGAGGACUUUACCCGUUUUACUUCUUUAUAGCAUCAAAGAAUCUGAUGAUAAGACAGGAAAAAUCUUUUCACAGAUGAAUAAUAUUAUGAGUAAAACUUUGCACGAUGACGGUUUUACAGUUCCACAGAUUAUUGAAAUGGAGCUGGACAGUCAGGAGCAGUUGCUGUUGCAGGAUCCUCCCGUGACUUACAUUCAGCAAUUUGCAGAUGCAGCAGCCACCCUUACCUCUCCAGAUUCUGAGAAGUGGAGCUCUGUGUUUCCCAAGCCUGGGACUUUGGUUCAGUGCUUGAGGCUUCCUAAGUUUGCAGAGGAGGAGAACCUUUGUAUAGACUCAAUAACUCCUUGUGCUGAUGGAAUUCAUUUAUUGGUAGGACUGCGGACAUGCCCUGUUGAAUCCUUGAGUGCAAUAAAUCAAGUAGAGGCCUUGAAUAAUUUAAAUAAAUUAAACUCUGCACUAUGUAGUAGGCGAAAAGGUGAGCUGGAAUCAAAUCUUGCUGUAGUGAAUGGUGCAAAUAUUAAUGUAAUCCAACAUGAAUCACCAGCAGAUGUACAGACUCCUUUGAUAAUUCAUCCUGAACAAAGGAAUGUUAGUGGUGGAUAUUUAGUACUUUACAAAAUGAAUUAUGCCACUCGGAUAGUGACUUUAGAAGAGGAGCCAGUAAAAAUCCAGCAUAUCAAAGAUCCCCAGGACACGAUUACCUCGCUGAUUCUGCUUCCACCAGAUAUAUUGGAUAAUCGAGAAGAUGACUGUGAGGGACCUGCUGAGGAAGUUCAGCUGACCUCAAAGAAUGGGGUUGAGAGAGAAAAGAAGUCUGACAUUUCUACUCUUGGACAUUUGGUAAUAACCACUCAGGGAGGAUCUGUAAAAAUAUUAGAUCUUUCAAACUUUGAAAUUUUGGCCAAAGUGGAACCUCCCAAAAAGGAGGGCACUGAGGAACAGGACACAUUUGUUUCUGUCAUUUACUGCUCGGGUACAGAUAGACUGUGUGCAUGCACCAAAGGUGGUGAACUUCAUUUUCUCCAAAUUGGAGGAACCUGUGAUGAUAUUGAUGAAGCUGAUAUUCUAGUGGAUGGAUCUCUUUCUAAAGGAGCUGAACCAUCUUCAGAAGGUUCCAAACCUUUAUCAAAUCCUUCAAGUCCUGGGAUUUCAGGCGUUGAUUUAUUGGUGGACCAGCCAUUCACCCUUGAAAUCUUGACAUCUUUAGUAGAGCUAACUCGCUUUGAGACACUGACUCCACGGUUUUCAGCUACUGUUCCUCCAUGCUGGGUAGAGGUUCAGCAAGAACAGCAGCAAAGGAGGCAUCCUCAACACUUACAUCAGCAACAUCAUGGAGAUGCUGCUCAGCAUACUAGAACUUGGAAACUACAGACUGACAGCAACAGCUGGGAUGAACACGUGUUUGAAUUGGUUCUACCUAAAGCCUGUAUGGUUGGACAUGUGGACUUCAAAUUUGUUUUGAACUCCAACAUCACUAAUAUUCCACAGAUACAAGUGACAUUGCUGAAAAAUAAAGCCCCAGGCUUAGGGAAAGUCAAUGCUCUUAACACUGAAGUGGAACAAAAUGGGAAACCGUCCCUGAUUGAUUUGAAUGAAGAAAUGCAGCACAUGGAUGUAGAGGAAUCACAGUGUCUUAGGUUGUGUUCAUUUUUAGAGGAUCAUAAAGAAGACAUCUUGUGUGGGCCUGUCUGGCUUGCUAGUGGCCUUGAUCUAUCUGGGCAUGCUGGGAUGUUGACAUUAACAAGCCCUAAACUUGUUAAAGGUAUGGCAGGUGGAAAAUAUCGUUCAUUUUUAAUUCAUGUCAAAGCCGUGAAUGAAAGAGGAACAGAUGAGAUUUGUAAUGGUGGUAUUCGUCCUGUAGUAAGACUUCCAUCCUUAAAACACCAGAGUAACAAGGGUUACUCACUUGCUUCUCUCUUGGCAAAAGUUGCAGCAGGCAAGGAAAAAUCAUCCAAUGUAAAGAAUGAAAAUGCAGGUGGAACACGUAAAUCUGAAAAUCUUCGGGGCUGUGACUUACUUCAGGAGGUCUCAGUCACCAUUCGAAGAUUUAAGAAAACUUCAAUUUCUAAGGAAAGAGUUCAACGUUGUGCUAUGUUACAGUUUUCAGAAUUUCAUGAAAAGCUCCUCAACACUCUAUGCAAAAAAGCAGAUGAUGGCCAAACCACAGAACAUGCCCAAAGUCUUGUGUUGGAUACUCUGUGUUGGUUAGCUGGAGUACAUUCAAAUGGACCUGGAAGUUCAAAAGAAGGAAAUGAGAGCCUACUUUCAAAAACACGAAAGUGUCUUUCAGACAUUGUACGUGUUUGUUUCUUUGAGGCAGGACGAAGUAUAGCCCAUAAAUGCGCUCGAUUUCUAGCCUUUUGCAUUAGUAAUGGCAAAUGUGACCCAUGUCAACCGGGAUUUGGAUCUGUUCUGUUGAAGGCUCUUCUUGAUAAUAUGUCAUUUUUACCAGCAGCCGCAACUGGUGGUUCUGUCUACUGGUAUUUUGUCCUUCUGAAUUAUGUUAAAGAUGAAGAUUUGGCUGGGUGCAGCACAUCUUGUGCAUCUUUGCUUACUGCUGUGUCCAGACAGUUACAAGACAGGCUAACACCAAUGGAGGCUUUACUUCAAACAAGAUAUGGAUUAUAUAGUUCACCGUUUGAUCCAGUCCUUUUUGAUUUGGAGAUGAGUGGCUCUUCUUGCAAAAAUAUAUACAAUAGCAACAUUGGUGUCCAGUCAGAUGAAAUUGAUUUAUCAGAUGUCCUUUCAGGAGCCAGGAGAUUUGUAACUCUGGAUUUUGGAAGACCUAUACUGUUGACAGAUGUAUUGAUUCCAACUUGUGGAGAUUUGGCUUCUUUAUCAAUUGACAUUUGGACAUUAGGAGAGGAGGUAGAUGGAAGGCGAUUGGUAGUGGCAACUGAUAUAAGCACUCAUUCUCUAAUUCUUCAUGACUUAAUACCACCUCCUGUGUGCAGAUUCAUGAAGAUAACUGUCAUUGGACGUUAUGGAAGUACAAAUGCAAGAGCCAAAAUUCCUUUAGGGUUUUACUAUGGCCAUACCUAUAUCUUACCUUGGGAAAGUGAACUGAAGUUAAUGCAUGAUCCUCUACGGGGAGAGGGAGAAGCUGCAAACCAGCCAGAAAUUGACCAGCAUUUAGCAAUGAUGGUUGCUCUACAAGAGGAUAUACAGUGCAGAUAUAACUUAGCUUGUCAUCGUCUGGAAGCUCUUUUGCAAAGUAUAGAUCUUCCUCCUCUCAACAGUGCUAACAAUGCACAGUACUUUUUGCGAAAACCAGACAAGGCAGUCGAGGAAGACAGUAGAGUUUUUUCUGCUUAUCAGGAUUGUAUCCAGCUACAGCUUCAACUAAAUUUGGCCCAUAAUGCAGUGCAGAGGCUCAAAGUAGCUGUAGGUGCAAGUCGGAAGACACUGAGUGAAACGUCAAACCCUGAAGAUUUAAUUCAGACAUCUUCCACAGAACAGUUACGUACUAUCAUCAGAUACUUGUUGGACACUUUACUCAGCCUUCUUCUUUCUUCUAAUGGCCACUCUGUCCCAGCAGUUCUGCAGAGUACAUUUCAUGCUCAGGCCUGUGAAGAACUCUUUAAACACUUGUGCAUCAGCGGAACCCCAAAGAUACGGCUCCAUACUGGCCUUUUGUUGGUUCAAUUAUGUGGUGGUGAAAGAUGGUGGGGUCAGUUCCUUUCCAAUGUUCUUCAGGAAUUGUACAAUUCAGAGCAGCUUCUCAUCUUUCCACAGGAUAGGGUCUUCAUGUUACUUUCCUGCAUUGGUCAGAGAUCACUGAGUAAUUGUGGAGUAUUGGAAAGCUUACUUAAUCUCUUGGAUAAUUUAUUAUCACCUCUUCAGCCAGAGUUACCCAUGCAUAGGAGGACAGAAGGAGUACUAGACAUUCCCAUGAUAAGUUGGGUUGUUAUGUUGGUGUCCAGAUUGCUAGAUUAUGUUGCAACUGUUGAAGAUGAAGCUACCGCUACAAAGAAACCUUUGAAUGGUAAAGACAGGGAGAGGCUUCUGACAGGUAACCAGUGGAGUUUCAUUAACAAUAAUCUGCAUACUCAGAGCUUAAGUAGAUCUUCCAAAGGCAGCAGUAGUCUUGAUAGAUUAUAUUCCAGAAAAAUCCGAAAGCAGCUUGUUCAUCAUAAACAGCAACUUAACCUACUAAAAGCAAAGCAGAAGGCUUUGGUGGAACAGAUGGAGAAAGAAAAAAUACAAAGUAAUAAAGGAUCAUCAUAUAAACUCCUGGUAGAGCAAGCAAAACUAAAGCAGGCUACUUCAAAGCACUUCAAAGAUUUAAUACGUUUGCGUCGGACAGCAGAAUGGUCCCGUUCAAAUAUAGACACAGAAGUUACAACAACAAAAGAAAGUCCUGAGAUAGAGCCACUGCCAUUUACUCUGGCACAUGAACGUUGUAUUUCAGUAGUCCAAAAACUUGUUUUAUUUCUCCUCUCAAUGGAUUUUACAUGUCAUGCAGAUCUCUUACUAUUUGUUUGUAAGGUUCUUGCACGCAUUGCAAAUGCCACAAGGCCAACUAUUCAUUUGUGUGAGAUUGUGAAUGAACCACAACUGGAAAGACUGCUGUUACUUUUGGUUGGAACUGACUUCAAUAGAGGAGACAUAUCUUGGGGUGGUGCAUGGGCUCAGUAUUCCUUGACUUGUAUGCUACAGGAUAUAUUAGCAGGGGAAUUGUUGGCUCCAGUAGCUGCAGAAGCCAUGGAGGAAGGACCAGUGGGGGACGAUGUGGGAGCUACAGCUGGUGACUCUGAUGACUCUCUGCAGCAGUCUUCUGUUCAGUUGCUGGAAACGAUAGAUGAGCCUUUGACACAUGAUAUAACAGGUACACCUCCUCUUUCUUCUUUGGAAAAAGAUAAAGAAAUUGAUCUUGAGCUACUUCAAGAUCUAAUGGAAGUUGACAUUGAUCCUUUAGAUAUUGAUUUGGAAAAGGAUCCUCUUGCAGCCAAAGUUUUCAAGCCAAUAAGCAGUACAUGGUAUGAUUAUUGGGGUGCUGAGUUUGGUACCUACAAUUACAACCCUUACAUUGGAGGUCUGGGAAUUCCUGUAGCAAAGCCACCAGCAAAUACAGAAAAGAAUGGAUCACAGACAGUUAGUGUGUCAGUGUCUCAGGCCCUAGAUGCUCGCCUGGAAGUUGGACUUGAACAGCAAGCAGAACUUACGUUAAAAAUGAUGUCUACUCUUGAAGCAGAUUCCAUUUUGCAAGCAUUAACAAGCACAUCACCUACCUUAUCACAGUCUCCUAGUGGAACAGAUGAUUCCCUUCUAGGUGGAUUACAGGCGGCAAACCCAACCAACCAGCUCAUUAUACAGUCAUCAUCUGUCCCAAUGUUAAAUGUUUGUUUCAACAAACUUUUUUCCAUGCUUCAAGUCCAUCAUGUUCAGUUGGAGUCACUUCUCCAAUUAUGGCUUACAUUAAGUCUGAAUUCUAGCUCAUCUGGAAAUAAAGAGAAUGGAGCAGACAUUUUUUUAUAUAAUGCUAAUCGAAUACCUGUUAUUUCAUUAAAUCAAGCAUCAAUAAGUAGCUUUCUCACUGUGCUAGCUUGGUAUCCCAAUACAUUACUUCGGACCUGGUGCCUUGUACUUCAUAGUCUAACACUCAUGACAAACAUGCAGCUUAAUUCUGGUUCCAGCAGUGUCAUUGGGACUCAGGAAAGUACUGCUCAUUUGUUGGUUUCAGAUCCAAACCUUAUUCAUGUGUUAGUGAAAUUUCUUUCUGGCACUAGUCCACAUGGAACAAACCAACACAGCCCACAGGUUGGUCCCACAGCUACACAAGCCAUGCAAGAAUUUCUGACCCGAUUACAAGUGCAUCUGUCAUCAACCUGUCCUCAGAUAUUCAGUGAAUUUUUGCUGAAGCUAAUUCAUAUACUUUCAACAGAAAGGGGUGCCUUCCAGACAGGCCAAGGACCGCUUGAUGCCCAAGUGAAGCUCUUAGAAUUUACUCUGGAGCAGAAUUUUGAAGUUGUUUCAGUUAGCACUAUUUCUGCUGUGAUAGAAUCUGUCACCUUCUUAGUGCACCACUAUAUCACUUGCUCAGACAAAGUAAUGUCUAGAAGUGGAUCAGAUAGCUCCGUGGGUGCUCGAGCAUGCUUUGGGGGACUCUUUGCCAACCUCAUUCGUCCAGGUGAUGCAAAAGCAGUUUGUGGUGAAAUGACAAGAGAUCAACUCAUGUUUGAUUUAUUAAAACUUGUUAACAUUUUAGUACAGCUGCCUCUUUCAGGCAAUAGGGAAUACAGCGCAAGAGUAUCUGUGACCACCAAUACAACAGAUAGUGUUUCAGAUGAAGAAAAAGUCUCAGGAGGCAAAGAUGUCAAUGGAAGCAGUACUACUAUUCCAGGAUCUCCUGCUUAUGUUGCUGACUUAGUCUUAGCCAACCAACAGAUUAUGAGCCAGAUUUUGUCUGCUCUAGGCCUGUGUAAUAGCAGUGCCAUGGCAAUGAUAAUUGGAGCCAGUGGAUUACAUCUCACCAAGCAUGAAAACUUUCAUGGUGGGUUAAAUGCCAUAUCAGUUGGGGAUGGAUUAUUUACCAUAUUGACAACGCUUAGUAAAAAAGCUUCUACAGUCCACAUGAUGCUACAGCCAAUUUUAACCUAUAUGGCCUGUGGAUAUAUGGGAAGACAGGGAUCUCUUGCUACUUGCCAGUUAUCUGAACCAUUAUUAUGGUUCAUAUUGAGAGUGCUGGAUACUAGUGAUGCCUUGAAAGCAUUCCAUGAUAUGGGUGGUGUUCAGCUCAUUUGCAACAAUAUGGUUACUAGUACAAGGGCUAUUGUGAACACUGCAAGGAGUAUGGUAUCAACUAUUAUGAAAUUUCUUGAUUGUGGUCCAAAUAAAGCUGUUGACAGCACUUUGAAAACGAGAAUACUAGCUUCUGAGCCUGACAAUGCAGAAGGGAUCCAUAACUUUGCACCCUUGGGUACAAUCACAUCUAGUAGUCCUACUGCCCAACCAGCUGAAGUGCUUUUGCAGGCUACACCACCCCACCGGAGAGCUCGCUCUGCUGCUUGGUCCUAUAUAUUUCUUCCAGAAGAGGCUUGGUGCGACCUUACUAUUCACCUUCCAUCAGCAGUACUACUGAAAGAAAUACAUAUUCAGCCUCACCUUGCAUCUCUUGCAACUUGUCCAUCUUCAGUGUCUAUUGAAGUGAGUGCAGAUGGUGUAAACAUGCUACCUCUAUCUACUCCUGUUGUCACAAGUGGUCUAACCUACAUAAAAAUUCAGCUUGUGAAAGCGGAGGUAGCUUCUGCUGUCUGCCUUAGACUACAUCGUCCACGAGAUGCCAGCACAUUAGGCCUGUCUCAGAUUAAAUUGUUGGGCCUCACUGCUUUUGGUACCACUUCUUCAGCAACAGUUAAUAAUCCCUUUCUUCCAUCUGAAGAUCAGGUUUCCAAAACAAGUAUUGGAUGGCUACGGUUAUUGCAUCAUUGCCUUACUCACAUAAGUGAUCUGGAAGGAAUGAUGGCCAGUGCAGCUGCACCUACUGCUAAUUUGCUACAGACUUGUGCUGCCUUGUUGAUGUCACCCUACUGUGGAAUGCAUUCACCCAACAUCGAGGUGGUUCUUGUGAAGAUAGGUCUACAAUCUACUAGAAUUGGCCUGAAGCUUAUAGACAUUCUCCUGAGGAAUUGUGCUGCAUCAGGCAGUGAUCCUACAGAUUUGAAUAGCCCUUUACUUUUUGGAAGAUUAAAUGGACUCUCUUCUGACUCUACAAUUGAUAUUCUUUACCAGCUUGGUACCACUCAGGAUCCUGGAACAAAAGACAGAAUUCAAGCCUUGCUGAAAUGGGUCAGUGAUUCUGCAAGAGUAGCUGCUUUGAAGAGAAGUGGCAGGUUGAACUAUGUGAGCCCUAGCUCUUCAUCAAUAGAAUAUGGUCUUCUGAUGCCAUCCCCUUCUCAUUUGCACUGUGUAGCAGCAAUCCUUUGGCAUAGUUAUGAACUUCUUGUAGAAUAUGAUUUACCGGCACUACUGGAUCGAGAACUCUUUGAGUUACUUUUUAAUUGGUCCAUGUCUCUUCCCUGCAACAUGGUUUUGAAGAAAGCUGUUGACAGUCUGCUUUGUUCCAUGUGUCAUAUACAUCCCAAUUAUUUUUCCUUGCUCAUGGGUUGGAUGGGAAUUACCCCUCCUCCAGUGCAGUGCCACCACAGACUGUCCAUGACAGAUGAUAGCAAAAAACAGGAUCUUAGUUCAUCUUUAACAGAUGAUUCUAAAAAUGCACAAGCACCUCUUGCACUAACUGAGUCACAUUUAGCAACCCUUGCUUCCUCUUCUCAGUCUCCAGAAGCUAUCAAGCAAUUGUUAGACUCAGGUUUGCCUUCUCUUCUUGUGAGGAGUCUGGCUAAUUUUUGUUUUAGCCACAUUUCCUACUCAGAAAGUAUUGCCCAGUCAAUUGAUGUGUCCCAGGACAAGCUCAGGCGGCAUCAUGUUCCACAGCAUUGUAAUAAAAUGCCUAUCACAGCAGACUUGGUUGCUCCUAUUCUUAGAUUUUUGACAGAAGUUGGCAAUAGCCACAUUAUGAAAGAUUGGCUUGGUGGUUCUGAAGUCAAUCCACUAUGGACAGCACUUCUGUUUUUAUUAUGUCACUCUGGGUCCACUUCUGGAGGUCAUAAUUUAGGUGUACAACAGACCACCAGUGCAAGGUCAGCAUCUCUUUCUUCAGCUACUGCAACAGGACUGACUACUCAGCAGCGGACAGCAAUUGAAAAUGCAACUGUUGCAUUCUUUCUGCAAUGCAUUUCAUGUCACCCUAAUAAUCAAAAACUCAUGGCACAGUGUUGUGAAUCAUCAACCCUUGGGUUGGAUACUCCAAGUAUCACAGCUAAACUAAUUAGUGAACAAAAAGAUGACAAAGAAAAGAAAAACCAUGAAGAGAAAGAAAAAGUUAAGGCAGAAAAUGGAUUUCAGGAUAAUUACAGUGUUGUUGUUGCCUCAGGACUGAAAUCCCAGUCUAAACGUGCUGUCUCAGCUACACCAUGUCGCCCACCAUCCAGGAGAGGGAGGGCCAUUCCUGAUAAAAUAGGAAGUACUUCUUCAGGUGCAGAGACUGCCAACAAAAUAAUUACUGUCCCAGAGUUUCAUCUGUUUCACAAACUCUUGUCAGGCCAGCCAUUGCCAGCAGAAAUGACACUUGCCCAGCUUUUAACUCUCCUCUAUGACCGAAAACUUCCUCAGGGUUACCGUUCAAUAGAUCUGAUUGUUAAAUUGGGAUCAAGAGUUAUCACAGACCCAAGCCUGUCAAAAACAGAUUCUUUUAAAAGACUACACCCUGAAAAAGAUCAUGGAGACUUACUUGGUAAUUGCCCAGAAGAUGAAGCUCUCACUCCAAGUGAUGAGUGUAUGGAUGGGAUAUUGGAUGAAUCUCUACUUGAAACCUGUCCCAUUCAAUCACCAUUACAAGUUUUUGCAGGAAUGGGUGGGCUUGCUCUUAUUGCAGAAAGGCUACCCAUGCUGUAUCCUGAAGUAAUUCAACAGGUGAGUGCUCCAGUAGUAACAUCUACUACUCAGGAAAAGCCAAAAGAUAGUGAUCAGUUUGAGUGGGUGACUAUUGAGCAGUCAGGAGAAUUAGUUUAUGAAGCUCCAGAAACUAUUGCCGCUGAGCCCCCACCUAUCAAGUCAGCAGUGCAGACGAUGUCUCCCAUACCUGCCCAUUCUUUGGCUGCUUUUGGAUUAUUUCUUCGUCUUCCGGGUUAUGCUGAAGUAUUGUUGAAAGAAAGGAAACAUGCCCAGUGCCUUCUUCGUCUGGUUUUGGGAGUAACAGAUGAUGGAGAAGGAAGUCAUAUCCUCCAAUCUCCAUCCGCCAACGUGCUUCCAACCCUUCCUUUCCAUGUCCUUCGUAGCUUAUUUAGUGCUACACCUUUGACAACGGAUGAUGGUGUGCUUCUAAGGCGGAUGGCAUUGGAAAUUGGAGCACUGCAUCUCAUUCUUGUCUGUCUCUCUGCUCUGAGCCACCAUGCCCCACGAGUUCCAAACUCUACCCUCAAUCAAACAGAGCCACAGGUGUCAAGCUCUCAUAAUCCUACAUCAACAGAAGAACAACAGCUAUACUGGGCCAAAGGGACUGGCUUUGGUACAGGUUCUACAGCUUCUGGGUGGGAUGUGGAACAGGCCUUAACUAAACAGAGGCUGGAAGAAGAACAUGUUACCUGUCUUCUGCAGGUUCUUGCAAGUUACAUAAACCCUGUCAGUGGUGCAGUAAAUGGAGAAGCGUCAUCAUCUCCUGAGAGUAGAGGACAGAACAGCAAUGCCUUGCCUUCUGUGCUGCUGGAACUUCUCAGCCAGUCCUGCCUCAUCCCUGCCAUGUCCUCAUACUUACGGAAUGACUCUGUUCUGGAUAUGGCAAGACAUGUGCCGUUAUAUCGUGCUCUGUUGGAAUUGCUCCGGGCGAUUGCUUCUUGUACAUCUAUGGUGCCUCUAUUAUUGCCUCUUUCGACAGAGAAUGGUGAAGAAGAGGAAGAACAAACAGAGUGUCAAACUUCUGUUGGUACAUUAUUGGCCAAAAUGAAGACAUGUGUUGAUACCUAUACCAACCGUUUGAGAUCUAAAAGGGAAAAUGUUAAAACAGGCAUUAAACCAGAUACAUCUGAUCAAGAGCCAGAAGGACUUACUCUUUUGGUGCCCGAUAUCCAAAAGACUGCUGAGAUAGUUUCUGCAGCCACCACCAAUCUACGGCAAGUGCAUCAAGAAAAAAAACUAGGUGACUAUUCCAAGAAAACUGCUAUGAAACCUAAACCUUUAUCAGUGUUAAAGUCACUUGAAGAAAAAUACGUGGCUGUUAUGAAGAAAUUGCAGUUUGAUACAUUUGAGAUGGUUUCUGAAGAUGAAGAUGGAAAAUUGGGUUUUAAAGUAAAUUACCACUACAUGUCUCAGGUGAAAAACGCAAAUGAUGCGAGCUGUGCUGCCAGAGCCCGCCGCCUUGCCCAGGAAGCUGUGACGCUUUCCACUUCACUGCCUCUGUCCUCAUCCUCUAGUGUAUUUGUCCGCUGUGAUGAGGAGCGACUUGACAUCAUGAAGGUUUUGAUAACGGGACCAGCGGACACCCCCUAUGCAAAUGGCUGUUUUGAAUUUGAUGUGUAUUUUCCUCAAGAUUAUCCCAGUUCACCCCCACUUGUGAAUCUUGAAACAACCGGUGGUCAUAGCGUGCGAUUCAAUCCCAACCUCUACAAUGAUGGCAAGGUCUGUUUAAGCAUCUUAAAUACCUGGCAUGGAAGACCAGAGGAGAAGUGGAAUCCUCAGACCUCAAGCUUUUUGCAAGUAUUGGUGUCAGUCCAGUCCCUUAUAUUAGUAGCUGAGCCUUACUUUAAUGAACCAGGAUAUGAACGGUCUAGAGGCACUCCAAGUGGCACACAGAGCUCUCGCGAGUAUGAUGGAAACAUUAGACAAGCAACGGUUAAAUGGGCAAUGCUAGAACAAAUCAGAAACCCUUCACCCUGUUUUAAAGAGGUUAUACACAAACAUUUCUACUUGAAAAGAAUUGAGAUCAUGGCCCAGUGUGAGGAAUGGAUUGCAGACAUCCAGCAGUAUAGCAGUGACAAGCGUGUGGGCAGGACCAUGUCUCACCAUGCAGCGGCCCUCAAGCGUCACACUGCUCAACUGCGAGAAGAGUUGCUGAAACUUCCAUGCCCCGAAGGCUUGGACCCUGACAUUGAUGAUGCCUCAGAAGUGUGCCGAGCCACAGCAGGUGCUGAGGAGUCUCUAACACGAGAUCAGGUCAAACCAGGCAGCAGCAAAGACCUCCCCAGUGACUUCCAAUUAUGAGCUGCAUUGAUGUGGAUUUCAUAGACACAAAGGCUUCGAAGCACAAGCCAAAUAUGUCAAUAUUUGUAUGUAAGAAACUAAUUAUGUAAUAGGUAAUGAAACUGAAACUAUACUAUGCCCUUAAGGAGAUCCAGUUUAAUUCAAGGUGACCUUUUAUUUACCUGUACAAGAGUGUAAACUUUUUUGUGCUUUUAUUUUUCAAUUGUGAGAACCACUGAUUGGUUUGUUCAACAAAUUUGUGUAUACAAAGAAAUGGAUAAAUCACUGAUAUAUAAGGGAAACUACCUUAGGAAAGAAUGUUUACUGAAUGUUUAUCCUUUUUUUUUAAACUAUAGAGUGAGGGGUUGUUAACAAAGAAUAUAUUGGUCAUUCUUACAACUACUUAAAGUCAGCAACUUUUCACUGAAUUUGAUAGAUUUUAUGUUUGGCCAUAUCUUCAUGCUCAUAAUUGAUUUCUGAAGACCUCCUACAUACACUUCAAUAAAAGUUAAAUGGACAUAUUCCCUCCCCUUUUUUGAUUUACUGGUACAUUUUUAAAUAAUAAAUCUGCCAUGAGAUGCAUUAUAGCUGGAGACUUGCACUUGUAUGGAUGAAUUUAUUACAUUCAACAUAUUUAAUUUUAUGCCUUCUAAUUCUAAGAUGCAGAAAAAAAAUAAAUGAACAUGAUUUUAUUCUAUGCCAA